CAAAUGGAAGGCCUGAUGCCCGCCCCUCUUGCUUCCAGCGGGAGAGGACAGAAACCGACCAAAUUCUCUCCCCCGAGUAGGGGCAACCUCUGACGUCCGCCGAGAAGCCGAUGCCCUACUCUGAGCCUGCGGAGAACCUCGACCGGCAGCUUCCUCCAGCCAGGCCAGCACCUUUUCCGACAACUGAAUAACCGCACAGAGGUGGGGAAUUGCUUUGGAAACAUCUGCCGAAAAGAUGUCCGGUGAAAUCUUCUCGCCCCUGGAGAACCUCGCUGCCCUGGACGCCUCAAACAGCCACCCUCUCGUCUGCUUCCUAUGCCAUGGGCAGUACGAGCACCCGUGCCUGCUAGACUGUUACCACAACUUCUGCGCCAGCUGCCUGAGGGGCCGGGCCGUUGAUGGCCGUCUAGCCUGCCCGCUUUGUGGCUACCAGUCUGUGGUGAAGGGAGCCAAUGGGCUGCCGCCUGUGGACCGGCUCCUGCAGUUCCUGGUGAAUGGCUCCGCCGAGUGCGAAGAGGCCGUGCGCUGUGCCAACUGUGACCUAGAAUGCCCGAGCCAGGAUGCAGAGACCACCUACUUCUGCAACACCUGUGGUCAGCCCCUCUGCGCUCACUGCCGGGAGGAGACUCACAAGGCCAAGAUGUUCUCCCGCCAUGAUGUUGUGGCCCUGGGCAAACGGACCAAGGACACCCACAAGAAGUGUCCUUUGCAUGGUGAGCCUUACAUUAUGUUCUCCACUGACAAGAAGUCCAUGCUGUGUAUCCGAUGCUUCCGGGACAUGCAGGGGGAAAGCCGAGCACACUGUAUCGACAUAGAGAUGGCCUAUGUGCAGGGCUGUGAGAAGCUGGACCAGACAGUCGUGGCUGUGAAGGCUUUGCAGACUUCCACUCGGGAGGCAAUCGCCCUGCUGCAGACCAUGGUAGAGGAGGUGAGGCACAGUGCAGCGGAGGAGGAGAGUGCCAUUCACAGCCUCUUCAGUAGCAUGCAGGAGAAGCUGACGGAGAGGAAGGCAUUGUUACUGAAAGCAGUGCGGAGCCAGUAUGAAGAGAAAGACAAAGCCUUCAAGGAUCAGCUCUCCCACCUGGCAUCCCUGCUGCCCACUCUGCAGGUCAACCUGGUCACCUGCUCAGCUUUCCUCAGCUCAGCCAACAAGGCAGAAUUCCUGGACCUGGGCUAUGAACUGAUGGAACGGCUACAGGGCAUUGUCACCCGGCCCCACCGCCUGCAGCCAGCGCAGAGCAGUAAGAUCACCAGUGACCACCGCGCUGAGUUCGCUCGCUGUCUGGAGCCGCUGCUGCUGUUAGGUGCGCGCCGGGCGCCGGCGCCUGGGGCAGGAGUCACCAUGCUUUCCGGGUGUUCAACCACCAAGGCCCUGCUUGGUUCUGGCUGCCCAUCACCAGGUGGGAAGAUGUCAGGAUCACCUGUUCACAAGCCCACACUACACCGAUCCAUCAGCACCAAGGUGCUUCUGGCUGAGGGAAGUGACACGCCCUUCACAGAGCAUUGUCGGCACUAUGAGGAGACAUACAGGACCCUGCAAUCCGAGAUCCAGAAUCUGAAGGACCAAGUGCAAGAAUUACAUCGAGACCUCACCAAGCACCAUUCCCUCAUCAAGGCAGAAAUUAUGAGUGACAUCCUGCAGAAAUCCCUACAGGUGGAUGGGCAUAUCGCUUCCAAGUAUGCCUCAGUAGAAAAGAUGAGGCCAGUCUUUGAAGAGACCUGGGAGGAAACCUAUCAGAGAGUGGCAAAUGAGCAAGAAAUUUAUGAAGCCCAACUGUAUGAUUUAUUCCAGCUGAGACAGGAGAACAACUAUUUGAUCAAUAUCACCAAGCAGAUCACUCCUUAUGUCCGUUCCAUUGCUAAGGUGAAGGAACGGCUAGAGCCCAGAUUCCAAGAGCCUAUUGACGAGCAGUCGGAGAAUUUGCCAAAAAUAUAUGAAGACAUAGUAGUGAUCAAUGAGAAUCAAACCAGGAAUGAGCCAACAAGUUCUGAAGAGAAGAGAGAAGAUUCUGGAGUCUAACAAAAGGGACAAGCAAAUUCUGAACAGACUCUCAGAAGAACUCCUGAAAAAUAAAGGCUAUGAAUAAAUCCAAAGACAACGAUGAGAUGGAUACCACCACUAGGAAAGAAUCCAUAGUUUAGCAAAAGAGACUUGUCUUAUCAGGCUUUUUUUUUUUAAGCAGAUUUAAAGAAAAGUUUCCUUCUAUCACACUUACCAAAUGUAAUGGAUGAUUCUGCCAAAAAUAAAUUUUGGACUCAGCUAUCGGGGUUUUCAAAUUAAGGUUUUACCUUUGCUUGAGCUAACUUUGCCGUUUUUCUCCUUUACACCCCCCACAAGUGAGCCAGAGCCCAAACACCACCAUUUGGGGAAGUAAGAUUUAGAAACUCUCCUCUUUUCAAUGAAAUUUCAAACCAGAGUGAAAAUCUGCCCCACUGGGCAUGUGUCAGCAAUAACCCCUUACCUGAACUAGAGCCCUGCGCCAUCUGUUCCAGCUCCCAGGCUCUUCCCAGUUUUUGGAAAAGGUUUUUGCUGAUACCUUUCCUCCGAGAUGGAUAAUUCCAGUUUUUAGCCACAGCCUUCCUAUUUAGGGCAAUGUCAGUUGGGAAGUUCUAUUCUCUAAUUAAUCUAUGUGCACAGGGGAAGGGAACAAGUCUCUCCAGAUUCCACACCCCAUGUCUCAAUGGAACCCAAAUCUCACCCUGGUCCAUUGUGGAGCUAGUUUUCCUGAUUGUAGAGUAACAAGUAGCUUGUGUCAAACAUCCAUCUCCUCCUCUUGGUAACUAUGGUUACAGAGAUGGAGGAGUGUAUUUCUGAUUGCAUUAAAGACCUAUAAGGUAGGCAAAUUAAAUAUUGAGAAUAUUCAUUUUAGAAAGGUUCAGCAGUGGUUGUGAUUUGUCCAAGAUCAUAAGAUAUUCUCUCUCUCUCUCUCACACACACACACACACACACACACACACACACACACACACACACAAACAUCAGGACUGGAAUACAACCUAAUCUGGACACCCUCCCCACUUCUCAGUCCUAUGCUCUUUCCAGUAUCCCACUUGUGAGACUUUAACCCAGGUCUCAAGACAAGUACAUAGCAGAAGUGGCCCUAAGCCUUGUAGGUUUUCUGGCUCCGAGUCCAGUUUGAUAGGAAAUAUUAAAGCAGGCAGAGCAAGGUCAAGACCAAGACUUCUACAAGAUUUCACUUAUUACAUGCCGACCAGCUAAGAGUACCUCUCUUAGCCAUUCAAGUCCUAUUGAUUCUACUGCUACAAUCAAUUUUACCUUGUACCUGAGCCAUUAACCUUAGCCUCAUCUGGGCCCUCAUCACCUCUCACUGGACUACUGCCAUCACCUCUUAACUGGUCUCCUUGUUUCCAAUCUUUAGCCUCUUCCAAUUCCAUCCUCCACUCAGCUGUCAAGCCCACAUUCCAGAAGUACAAGUAUGACCAUACUGUUCCCCUGCUCAAGAAGCUUAGUGGCUCCCUAUGGUCUCUAAAGUAAACCGUAAAAUCCCCAGGCUUGGCAUUUAAAGCCUAUCUGCCUCGUUUAUAAUUUCUUUUUCACACAUGCCCCAUUCCAGAUAAAACAGGCCAAUUUGUUCUCUGAACAGGAUUUCCUAGUCUCCACCUUUAUCUGGGCCUUGCACAGCCAGUCCCAUACCUGGAAUGUCCUCGUUCCUCACCUCUCUUGGACUAUCUUGGCUCAGCAGCCACAUACUCCAUGAGACCUUUCCCAAUUCCCUCAGUUGUCACUGUUUCUUCCUCCCCUCCACCCACCAAAUUUGAAUGGGAUACCUUUGUAUAUUGUGUGUGUGUGUGUGUGUGUGGUGGGUCUCCUGGAGGUGGGCAAUGUCUCAUUUUUGUCUUUGUACGCCCAUGCCUGGUCACAGUAGCUGCUUGGCUAAUGCUUUUUCAAAUGAACUAACUCCACAUCUUCAAGUGAAAUCAUCCAAGGCAGUUUGAGAAAUGUGCUUUAAACCCCACACAAUUGAAAUCAAGAAUAGUUUUAUUUAAGAAUUGGAAAGAAUAAUCAAUAUCUGUGAAAGAAAAUUCAUUUAAAAAUAUUUAAAUAAACAUUUUCUUCAUGUAAAAAGAAGAGUAGAAUAAUUACUCCAUUAAUUGAAUACAUCCUGGGUCUGGGGCAGG